GAUUUCAUUCGGCUUAUGAUUAGCCCGAAACAGUAGCAAGUGUAUGAUGCCCAUUGGCUGGUAGUUUUCAGAUGCCGACGCCGAGGUCGGCCAAAAGUCUUGCUUGUCUCGCCUAGCAUGGAUAUACAUGCAACAGACAUUCGAUGACUCCAUUUGCGGAACACAAACCAGUCGAAACCACCAAAAGAUCAAUCGAGUGCCGUUCUGUGUGCUCAGAGUGCCGAACAAGAUGAGUCUCACAGCUCAGAGGCAUCUCACCAUUGUCAUCAAACUCGGCACAUCCUCCAUAGUCGACGAGAAGACCCACGAACCACUCCUCUCUACUCUCAGCGUCAUCGCCGAAACAGCGGCGAAGCUUCAGCGAGAUGGCCACAAAGUCAUCAUCGUGUCAUCCGGUGCGAUUGGUGUUGCGCUCCGGCUGAUGAACCUCGAACGACGGCCGAAACAUCUCCCACAAGUCCAGGCGUUGGCAGCAAUUGGACAAUGCAAGUUGAUGACCAUGUGGGAUCAACUCUUCGCACACCUCCGCCAGCCCGUCGCCCAGAUUCUCCUGACCCGCAACGACAUUGCCGACCGCACGCAAUACCUCAAUGCACAAAACACCUUCCACGAACUCCUACACAUGGGCGUCAUCCCCAUCGUGAACGAGAACGACACCCUAGCCGUGUCCGAAAUCAAGUUCGGCGACAACGACACCCUCUCCGCCAUCACCGCCGGCAUGGUCUCAGCCGACUACCUCUUCCUCAUGACGGACGUCGACUGCCUCUACGACAAAAACCCGCGCACACACCCCGACGCACGCGCAAUCGAGGUCGUCAAAGACAUCGCCGAGCUCUCCGCCGACGUCUCCUCGUCCGGCAGCUCCCUCGGCACAGGCGGCAUGAGCACCAAGAUCGUCGCCGCACGCCUCGCCACCUCCGCCGGCGUCACCACAAUCAUCACCAAAUCCUCCAAGCCCGGCAACAUCACCAACAUCGUCAAAUACAUCGAGGCCCGGAAAAGCCUCCCUGUCCCCAUCUCGCGCGCCGCAUCCUCGUCCGCGCUCUCCGGCUUGUCCGCCGACGAAGUCUCCCACAAGGCCGCCGCAACGGCGCUCGACGGCGUCGCGCUGCGCGAUUCGACGGCGGCAGAAAACGACAUUCCCCGCGCGCCGCUACAUACGCGCUUCUUGCCGCAAGCGCAGCCGAUGCGUGACCGGUACUUCUGGCUGCUGCAUGGGCUGACGCCGCACGGAACGCUGUAUAUCGACGAGGGCGCCUACAAGGCGCUUUCAGAAAAAGCAGGACUCCUGCCCGUCGGCGUAGUCGAUGUCGAGGGGCAUUUCAGCCAGCAGGAAGCCGUGCGGCUCGUCGUUGUGCAGCGCGUUAUGCCGACUUCCCCACGGCGCGGUCCUGUGCAUAGCGCGCUUGGUGGCGUGUCAGGAGGACAUGCUGCGUACGAGCAUGAGAAUCCGGCGCCGCGUGAGGUGGGCAGGGCACUUGUGAACUAUGCGAGUAGUGAGAUUAAGCUGAUUCAGGGUCUGCGGAGUAGGGAGAUACGGAAUGUGCUGGGGUAUGCGGAUAGUGAGUAUGUGUGUUUGAGGGAGAAUAUUGCGUUUACGGACGUGGCGAGGAGCACGCCGGCGAGUCCACCGUUGGAUGGACGGAGGAGUGUGGAUUUGAAUGGGAGUGUGGAGUUGGACAGAGGUCUGGCGAGUCUGUCUUAGGGGAGGAAAGGAGGCGAAUGGUGUUGUUUGGGCGUUGAGCAGAGCUUCAAUGUGUUCGAUUUCACAUUCCUUAGAUUGACCUGAUCGAUCUGACGCUUGCAGA